AUGGCACCCCUACCGGCUGCACGAUUGGCAUCGUUUGAACGUCCAUUUUCUCACAUUGGGGUCGAUUACUUUGGGCCGGUGAUGGUGAAGGUAGGACGCAGCCUCGCUAAACGUUGGGUGGCACUCUUUACCUGCCUGACUAUUAGAGCAAUCCACCUGGAGAUCGCGUUUAGUUUGAGCACAGAAAGCUGCAUUUGCUGCUUUCGUCGAUUUGUUGGGCGAAGAGGAGCUCCUUUGGAGGUCUAUAGUGACAACGGCACCAAUUUCAUCGGCGCCGAAAAGGUGCUAAUGCAGCAGAUCAACCUUGGCCUGGCGGAAACGUUUACAAACGCUAAUACAAAAUGGCACUUCAACCCUCCCUUAGCCCCGCACAUGGGAGGGGCGUGGGAGAGGUUGGUUCGAUCCACAAAGACGGCCAUCGAGAGCAUAGAAACGGGCAGGAAGUUAACCGACGAAGGACUCUCUACGUUACUGGUCGAAGCGGAGAGUAUUGUAAAUUCUAGGCCCUUGACCUACCUACCGUUGGAUACUGCCGAGCAAGAAGCUCUUACGCCCAACCAUUUUAUAUUCGGCAGCUCCAAUGGCAUCAAACAACCGGCAGUCAGUCCCGUGAAUCCACAAGCAGCAGUUUUGAAUAGCUGGAACCAGAUUCGCCAUCAGCUUGAUUUCUUUUGGCAACGAUGGCUGAAGGAAUACCUUCCGACAAUUUGCAGACGGACUAAAUGGUUCAGAGACACAAAACCUAUUGAAGUAGGGGAUCUGGUAUUCGUAGCGGACAGUUCUAAAAGGAACAACUGGAUACGGGGAGUCGUGUCGGCAAUACAGCGUGGUCCAGAUGGUAGAGUGCGACGAGCAACAAUCCAGACUGACACGGGAGUUAUGCGAAGGGCAGUGAACAAGCUGGCGCUGUUAGAUGUUACUUCUCAUGGUAAAACUGCUCUGGACACGCAGUGUUACGGGGGCGGGAAUGUUGGCACAGUUUCUGGCAACGCUGAGCUACCAGAUCGCGUACUGACAGCGAUCCCUCGCUCUAGUGAGUAA